UGGUGGCAGAUCAGGAAGUAAGUGCAGUAUAACAGUGUGACACACACAGGCACAUGCACACACCUACUUGUGAAUGUCACAGGUAGGUGCACCUUAGACGCGGCUCAAGACAGUAAGAGCAGACCAGAUGUGCUGCAGCCACAGUCAAGCGUGGAAGAGGAAACUGAUGUGAAAGAUCCUGGAGGUCAGGCCACCGCGGUAGGGUGGGAGAUUGCAAAGGGGCUGGUGUUGCCAGUGAACAUUUGUCCAGUCUGAGACAAAGCUGACACAUUACGUGAGGAGGGCAGAAUAACUUCAGGGAUGCUGAGCUUAAAGUUACCUCGUCUGUUCAGCAUCAAUCAAGUGCCAAAAGUAUUCCAUGAACACAGCAUCAUUUUUGGAUAUCGUCACCCAAGGAGCACAGCAACUGAUUGUUUAUUCAGCCUUUUCCAAUUGACAAAUGAGACUGUGAAUAUCUGGACCCACUUCCUGCCAACCUGGUACUUCCUCUGGAAUCUUCUGGCUCUGUCCUACACCCUGGACUUUUGGAAUGAAGCCUACACGUGGCCUUUCCUUGUUUACAUGCUGUCGAGUUGCAUCUACCCAUUUACCUCAAGUUGUGCCCAUACAUUUAGCUCGAUGUCCACCCGAGCCAGACACAUUUGCUUCUUUUUUGACUAUGGUGCUCUCAGCCUGUACAGUCUAGGUACAGAUGACUCCAUUGAUUCUAAAUGCUCUGCUACUGUGUACGCAGCCUACAUUAUGCCAGACAGAUGGAUCAAUACCCCCUUCCACAAGUGGUUUGCUACCAUCGCCGUCUUUAACACCAUCAUUUGCACUGCGCUGUCAUGCUACUCCAGAUCUCCGGAACUGGAUCAUCCCAACCUGAGUAAAGUACUGCGGAUUGUGGCCUUUGCUUAUCCGUAUUUCUUUGACAACAUCCCACUGUUUUACAGGUUGUUCCUAUGCUCCGGGGAAGGUUGUGCUCACAAUGAAACAGUUCCUAUCCACUACAGACAUGUGGCACUUGCCUUUCUGACUUGCUUCCUGUUUGUGACACACUUACCGGAGCGCCUUGCUCCAGGGAGGUUUGACUACAUCGGUCAUAGCCACCAGCUGUUUCACAUCUGUGCAAUCAUCGGUACUCAUUUCCAAAUGGAGGCGAUCAUAAUGGACAUGACAUUGCGCCACUCUUGGCUCUCACUUCAUGCACCAUUGCCCUCUUUCAUGGGCACCAUAGGUGCCCUUGGUUUUGCCCUUGUGUUGAACCUCCUGAUCGUUGCACUAUUCUCCCUGGCUCUGUACUGGACACCAAAGUUGCCUGAACUGAGAUAUGAAUACUUGAAUGAGAAGUUCAAGACGGAUGAGGAUGUCACGCCACGAUUCUUGACCCGGCUGGUGAAGAGGCCGAGAGUCUUGAAGGAGUGAGAAUGAUUAGACUAACCCUUCAGCUGUCGCUAUGGUGACGUAGGAAGAAAUGAAGUACAUUCCUGUUUAAAUUGGAUAUGUCUCCCAAAUAACGGGCUGUGCCUUUUAAUGGUACAUAGUAAUCUUUAAUAAGCUUGUGUCUGAUGAUGUGGAUAUUUAUAUUAGACAGUACGGGUGUUUAUUUACUGUGGUUAGAAGAUGGCCCUUGGGGCUAGUGGAAGGUCAGUUCAACUACAGCAGCCCAUGUUUGAUCACUGGUACCCAAUAAGCACAUCCAUCAUGGAAUACAUCAUUGCACCUUUCCUCUAGGUUAGAUGUAGAUUGUGUUCUCAGAGGACUGGAUUUCAGAGUUUUAGGAAGAUGAAUAGACAAGUUUUGAGUUAACUGGAGAACCCUUGUCAUAGGGCUGAUUAGGGAUUAGUUAUUAACCUUACUUUAAGAAUAUUUCCAAAUUGACCUGUUCAGAGAUUUCAUUACAGAUCUCUGAAGCAAGUGGCACUUGAACCUGGGACAUUUGAUUUAGAGGUAAGGUGUUGAACUAUGUCAUCACCAUUAGAGCUGUAAUCUUAUUGUCCAUCCUUUCAGGGAUAGUCAAUAAAUGCUGGCGUAGUUAAUGAUGUCAACAUCCUGUGAAUGAUUUUGAAAAGAAAAGCUGCAGUGACCUCAAUCUGGCCCCAGUUGUGGCUAUAGAUCAGGCACGGCAACCAAUCGCAUGACUAAAUGUUUCUGCUGGGUUUCCCAGUGUUUCUCUGUGACUCCAUUGAGGACAGGGUCAUUUCUCACAUCUCCAACACUAUCUUCAAAGUUUCCACUGAUUAAAGGCCAAGGGGAAUGGGCUUGCCCAUCAACUGGGUGGGGGAGGGGGGGCCACUGAGGGUGGAGGGCAAUUGGGACGCCCUUCAGCUCUUUGCAGAUUGGCAGUCCCAUUGGCCAAGGUGGGAGUUGAGCGUCAGAGAAGGGAAAAGAUGUGGAUCAUUUUUAAAUAUAAAUACAUAUCAGAACAGACCAAUGCUGCCAGGCUGUGAGCAUAGCAUAGAGGGGCAAUUACACCACCUCUCCCACCCUGCCCCUCAAACCUGUAAGGAAGCUGCCAGAAAUUGCAGCUGCAGUCCAAUGGUGCAGAUGGUGGGGGCGGGAUAGAAGUGGAGUUUCUCGUGGGAUCACACAGCAGCCCACCCACCCCCACCCCUUGAUACCACCACCUCAGCCUGAACUAACCUCAGGCUGAUCUGGGCUGGCCACGCACAUUGACUGGAAAUCCCAGGUAGUGCGGAGAAGUGACUCCAUUCUGUUAUCCCUAGCAGGCUAUCAGCAGCUUGCAGGUGGGUGACCACUCUGACCCUCGACCAGUCUCUGAACAUGGCUCAAGAUCAGGAUCGUGGUGCCAUUGCUGACACAAUCCUAGAAGGAGGAAUCAGUAAAACAUGUGAGUGGCCUGAUUCAUUCUGAAUAUGUCAUAUAUCGGAGCGUUUCCAAGCAUUUUACUGGUUUCUCCUUCCGGGAAUAACCUGUGACAUGAAAACCAUGACUCCAGGUGACUUCUGUGGCCUCUGUAUUUACUCAAUGGCCAUGUUUAGAAUGAGGUCUAAUUGUGAGGGUACGGGUGGUCUGUGUUGCCAGUCUAAACCAGACCAUGGGAAAUUAAAGCAUUGUUGAAGCGGGAGUGUUGGGAGCUUUACAAGAACAACUUACUUUUACAUAGCACUGUAACAAAAACCAUCGAAAAGUGCUUCACACGAAUGUAAACAAA